AAAGCUUUAUGUAUCUUGAUUCAAUAGUUCAAUGGUCAAUGUCGAUCUUCCCUAUACCCUUAUAUCUGAUACUCACUGUCCAGCUGGCGAGGAAGUCGGAUCCUGGAGUAGGAAGAUCACCAGAGAGCAGUUCCGACUACCAAGUACAGGGGGGCUCAUCCUUUCGCUACCGCAAGUAACAUCCAAAAACAUAAUUAAAAUAGGAUAAUUAAAUCGUCCAGCUUGACUCGCAAUCCCACCCUCAGCCGAGGGCCGGAUCGACAAGCUGAGGAGAAAGUGAGGGGAAGGAUUGGAGAAAGCUGGAGAUAGCCGAGUAUAAGCAACAUCAUCGAAACCCACAACUCAAAACUCAAAAUAAACAUAACUCCAACCAGAAACAGUGAUAGAUAGACACAACAUGCGCGCCGCCCAGUUCUACGCUGCAGGAGACAUCCGCAUCGAAGACACCCCGGCUCCCGAACCAAGCGAUGACAGAGUCCUGGUCGAGGUCGAGUGGUGCGGGAUUUGCGGGAGUGACUUGAAUGAGUUUAUCUACGGCCCCUUCGCAAUCCCCAACGCCAAAACAGGCCCGCACCCACUCACCAAUGCGCUUCUGCCUGUGACGAUGGGCCAUGAGUUUACAGGCCGGAUUGCGCAUGUCCCUGACUCUGUCUCGGCGAAUAAAGGUAAAGCUCUACGCAAAGGCCAACCCGUCAUCGUCGACCCGCGCAUCUACUGCUCUGCCUGCACACCCUGCAGUCAAGGCGCAGCGACAAACAACUGCGAGAAACUCGGGUUCAUGGGCAUUUCAGGCGGCGGCGGCGGUCUUUCAGAGCUUGUGUCUGUGAGAGCGGAUCAUAUACAUGUUCUCUCUAACACUGAGCCAUCAGAUGAGAAUGGAAACCAGGAUACUUCAGUAGAUCUGGCCGCCGCCGCCCUGAUCGAGCCGCUCACUGUUGCGUGGCAUGCCCUCGAGCUUUUCCUCUCUAUUGCCGCUGCGCAGUUCGCUCUACCGGACAAGAACAGCAGGGUUGAGUUAAAGGACGUGCCUGUCCUGGUUACAGGUGCUGGGCCGGUUGGUGUGGCCAUGGUCUUUGUGCUUAGGGCUCGGGGCGCGACGCAGAUCUUUGUGUCUGAGACGUCGCCAGCCCGGAGGGAGAUGAUCCGGGAUACUGAGAUUGUGAGUGGGAUAUUUGAUCCGAGUGUUGAUGAUGUUCCGAAGAGGUGCAGGAGUGAAACUGCUGAUGGGAAGGGGGUUGGCGUUGUCUUUGACUGUGCGGGUGCGCAGGCUGGGUUCCAGGCUGGUUGUGAGAGUUUGAGGUUUCGGGGGAUUUAUGUGAAUCUGGCGGUACCCAAGGGGGCGCCGUUUACGCUUCCGCUGGGCCCGUUCCUGUGGAAGGACCUUAUAUACAAGUGUUCGUUGGCGUAUGAUGAACGGGACUUUAAGGAGACGGUGGAUGCAUUUGUGUCUGGACGCUUCAAAGGCGUGGAAAAGAUGAUAACCAAGCGUGUUAUACUGGAGGAUAUAGUAGAGAAAGGGUUCAAAGAGCUGGUCAAGCCAAACGAUCAUGUCAAGAUCCUUGCUACACCAAAGCACGCCAAUAUCAAAUAAUGCUGAAUUAUAGCUAGCAAUACAACCUUCAA